ACAAUUCUGCUUCAGAGAGAGAGAGAAAAGAAAACAGUGGGGGAAGAGAGAAACGAGUUCAAUUCUUUCAGCGUGUGGGGAUUGGGUUUUGUUUUUUUUGCGAAAAGUGCAGAUUGAGAUUCGCUGCGGUUGGUUGGGACACAUUAAUAAGCAAUCACCUCAGAGAGUGAGUGGGGGGGGGAAAAAAAAAGUUUUAUGCAAAUAGCCAUCCCCAUAAGGAAUAAGGCAGCGAUCCCGGGUCAACAGCGACACAACAUGGAGGAAGUGGAGCUAGGGGGAAGAGAACCAUGAGAGUGGAAGCGGCCGCUCUGGGAGGGAGCAGUGCAGGCACCGGGGCCGCUCUUUCGGGGGAAUGUGCUAGGGCAGUGAGCACCGAGCGAUGCCGAGGAGGAGGUCGAGCGGGGAGCUGCCGCUGCCCAAUGGCUGGGAGGAAGCGCGCGAUUUCGACGGCAGGGUCUUUUACAUCGACCAUAAUACCCGGCAGACAAGCUGGAUCGACCCGCGGGACAGACGAGGGCCUGCUUUUAGAAAGUCCUUCACAGUCAAUGCCAUACAAUUUGAAAUGGGGACAACAGUUGGCAUCUAGCAGAAUGAACAGCCAACCAAGACAUAGCCAGCUCCCAGGAACAGCAUUAUGCCAACGACCAGAUAGCCUGUUUUCUUGGAGCUUGCUUGCAGGAUUAAUGUUGGCCAGACCAAAUGUGCUGAUGAUGGGUUGUUUGAGAUUGAAGGAAGGUGGGGCGAAGAAGCUGUCGUGUGUGCUUUUCCUCAUGUACUUUGCUUCAUUCUGUCAAUUGAUCUCACUGACUUGUCACUCCAUCAUAUUCAACUCCAAGUCACCUUUUUUCUCUGGACCUGGCUGCUUGAAACAUCUGACCUCCCUUGACCUUUCCUUCAGCUCAUCUGUGUGCAUGGGUGUUGUCCCUGCGCGUUUAAUCUGAGCUGGCUGGUUCAUGCAAGAAAACCACUGGGCCAAGUUGGACAAUGGGUAAUUAGCGCUCUGUUGUGAUCCAUUUCUGUCUAUCAUGCUGCAAAUACCUGAAUCCCAGUCCCAGGAGAGUGCCUAUUUUCAUAUCCUUGUUUCUGUUGAACGCCAGCUCUUUCAAAUACUGCAGCUUUUCUGAAUGAGGCUGUUUAGUUUCUGCCGUGAAUGCCAGGUUGUGGGAAAUCACAAGCCCUGGUCAUAUGUUUGCAGGGAGCUGAAUCAAGACUGUUCAUAUUAAUUUCACAGCCAUCAGACAGUAGCCUAGUGUCCCUGCUGUCUGGGCUGGAUUUCCAUUUAGUGCCACAUCAUUAAAGCAGCACUUGAUGGAACUAUCAGUAACAAAUUAACUUAACCAAAGAGUUUUGUGAAAACUUUUGGGGAUGCAUGUUGCUGUAAUGCAUCUCAGAAUCUGGAAGAACUUUUCUACUCUUAGCGAAAGUAAAUGAAACUGAUGUGCAUUUCAAGAUGCAAUGUGAAAAUUACAAUUGCUGGGAAUCUGAACUAAAAACAGGAAGUGCAGACUAGUCCACCUCUGCAGAUAGAAAAGGCAAAUUGUAACAUUCUUGGUCCUGUUCUGCUCGAACCUCAUAAUCUCUUCUCUCUUUCCAUUCUUGCUGUUAUAUAUUUCUGACGUUUUCUGUAUUUGUUGCAGAUUUUAUGUACGUAAUGAAUAAAAAUGUUCUAGCAGAAAUAAAGGAUUGUGACAUAUAAAUAAAAGAAUCAUGAAUGAA